AUGGUAUACGCUGCCGCUUACAACCUUGACAACGGUACACGGGUCAUUGCUGCAUACGGAGACGCUAUCGUGCUGUUCAGCGUGCCUACCGAUGCUUUCUUAUAUUCGACCGCAGAGCAGGAGGAGACUUUACUGGCAUUGCGAGACCCGCUAGAAGAAUUGGAGACCGCUGACAUCCUGCUCGAUUCAGCCAGCAAUACAUCCGCCGCCCUUGAGACACUACCAGAUGACGAGGGCGGCUCGAUCAUCCAUAAGCUAAACAUGGCUUGGGCAUACUGGGCUCAUAAUUCUCACGAACACUCCGGUGACCGCAGUAGCCACAGCAUCUGGCCGUUCCGGGUCCAUGGGGUACAAAUUGGCUCCCUACCAUCUCUAGCAGCAUUGGCGAUUCAAGCUGAUGCAGCAAUUACCGUAUGGGCUUUUGCGAGUGAUGGCCGAACCAAAACCUGGCAUGGCUAA